AUGCUCGAUGAAUCUUCAAAACCGUUCACUUUCUUCUCCGAUCAGUUCCGCAACAUGCCCGGCAAUGUCAUUGUACUUCUCUCAAGCGACGACUCGGACACUUCCGUUGCGCCGUGCGUCCCAAAACGCACCGUGCCAACCGGGCCCAAAGACGAUUUUCCCCAAAGAACGACAUCGACGACGUCAAUAGGUGCAAGGCCUGUGGUGAUAUCAAAUGUCGCCGACACGCCGGUAGCUACUAGCGCAGCGAAGAGGGCAGAGCGACUUUCACGAUUUGGGCUGUCCGAUUUCUCUUCGGAUGAUGCCUCCUCCCCGUUUCCGACCAUAUCGUCCCGAAAAUACGUCCAGACUAAACAAACUCCAAGGAGGGCAUUGGCAGACAACAGCAGAGCCCAGAAUAGGGAGGGGCCCGUGGUGAUUUUGUCCGACUCAGCCGAUGAGACUAGCAAGAACAAUAUCUUCGCGGACGGCUCUCCAGGCUGCAACCUGGCUGAUCAGAUUCCAGACGAUUAUUCUGCAAGUCAUGAAAUGCGACCUCGUAAACGGCCUCGAUGGAGUUUCUUGUCCGAUACAGCUGCGUCUGCAGUCCGGGACAUGUCCGAAGUUGCUGAUUUCGAUAUUGAAUUGCCAAGACGGAAUCCACCAGCUAAAUUACAGCGGAGCUCCUUGGCUAUAUCAGGCCUGCAUGCGCAAACGACGACUGUUAUUGACGCGGCCGUAAGUGAACAAAGCUUACAUUGCCCGGAAGGAUCUAAGGCCCCACCGGCGAACUCGGUGCAGUUUAUAGAUCUCUUGAGUUCAUCAGACUCUGAAGCCGGUCGCACAGCUUCACCAAGAGAUUGGCUCAACCUUGAUGAACAAGAUCUCGACGACUUAGACGACCUCCUUAUGACUUCAUCACCCGCUGCAAAAAAUGGAACCAGGCUGCAAAAAACUACGAAAAACAGGAAUGAGAAUGAGCCUAUGAAUUUCGAGAAAGAAUUAGCUCUGGAGAUUAUGUCACUGACAAGCUCGUCGCCACCACCGGUAAGACCGACAAGCACUUCCAGUGUCCAGGUGGCCAUCGCAGACGAACUCCGGGGCAUCGACAGGCCUGCAGGGAAAGCCGCCUCUGGGGUUCAACUGACGUCAAGACGCCGCCCUUAUCGGAGGAGUUUAUCGGAGGGACAGGGACUGGGAUUUUUGGACGAUGAUGAUGAAGGCGAUAGUGACAGUACUCCCAACUUUGCUGCUAUUGAAAGUCUCUUGGCAGCGUGGAGAGGGAAUGAUGAGGUAGAGGAGGACCGUCCUAUACCACAGCCAAACAACAACCCGGCUGCGCGCAGGAGCAAAUCAGAUUUGGGGCGGAGGACGGUCGCCGUUGGAGACGUCCAGAGCAAGGAGGACCGACGAAAGGAACGCGAGGCCGAUCAGGAGCAGAGACGGAGGGAGAAGGAGGCCGAAAAAGAGAAGAAGCAGCGGGAAAAAGAGGUGGAAAGGGAAAGAAAGCGGAUCGCAGCGCAGAUUGCCAAGGAAAAGAAGGCUGACGAGAGGGCAGCUGCAACAGCGUUCAACGAAGCGAACAAAGCACGAACCGACAAGAGCAUAGCGGCCCCGGAAAUGGUCAUACGGCUUCCGAGCACUCUACCACAAGCAACAAGGGAGGUACUAGAGCCCAUGUUGACGGAGAUCAAGGUGGAAUUUGAGGCCUGGACCAGUCCUACGGACAGCAUGGUGCUAACAUGGCGGCGGAAGGUGACCGCCGAGUACCGGGCCGACCUGGGUCAUUGGGUGCCUGUGCCUCUGCGAAUCAACGACGAGAAAUAUGCGGUGGUGAUCUUACGGGGUGAGGAGCUUGUCAAGCUCAUUCUGGCUCAGGACCCGGAAGGCCGUCGACGAAUUGACGACUUGGGCGGCCAUGUGCGGACGAUGCGAAGACAUUUUCCGGAACAUACCAUCCUGUAUGUGGUUGAGGGCCUUGCGGCGUGGAAGUCUAAGAACAUGUCGAUCCGAAACCGGCAGUUCGUGGAGGCGGUGCGUGGCGCCGGUGGUGAGGGAAGGGGAGAAGCUGGGGACGGCAGUGGUGGAUCUCGUGGCACAAAGCGCACCGGAAGAGGCCGGGCUGUCGCAGGAGCAGCGCAACAUGUGGACGAGACGGUGGUGGAGGACGCGCUUAUGGCAUUGCAGGUGGAACACGACGUGCUGGUUCACGAGAGCGGGCAAGCACUCGACACGGCGCGAUGGAUACGGGCGUUCACGGAGCAGAUUGCAACAGGACGAUACCGACAGCAGAAGGAGCAGGAGUAUGCGGCGGCAGCGUCGUUCUGCAUGGACGCGGGACAGAUCGCAACGGGCGACGGAGGAGCGGAGACAUAUGCGCUGAUGCUGCAGCAAAUUGCGCGGGUGACAGAGCCGGUGGCCCUCGGAGUGGUGGCACGGUUCGACAGCGUGCCGAAGCUGGUGCGAGGGCUGGCAGCAGAGGGACCACUGGCACUGGAGGCGUGUCUGAAAAGCCGGAACCGGAACGGAGCCUUGUCAGACCGGACGAUAGGUCCGGCACUGAGCCGGCGUAUUUACAAGGUGUUUAUGGGGGAGGACGAGGCAAGUACGGAGAUCUGA